AUGUCAGACCUCCGAGAUCCCUUGAGUUCCAAGGUAGACAAGAGGCAGCUCCUUCCAAAAGUGCUUUGCCAGCCUGGCCAGGAGGACAGCUCCGGCCUUGGCUUCUUAUUGGGCAAACGGCCCUGGCAAGUGGACUGCGGGCAGUGGCUGCGCCGCAUCGCACCGAGAGAAGGCUGCGGGAUUUCUGCUUCUCUUGCGGCACAGCUUGACUUGCGAUACCGGGUGUGGCAGGACUUCUCCUACUGGACGCAAACCUGGGCCGCCGGUUUCACGGCACUCAACGGAGAGCCUGCAUACGAGGACCCGGCGAUUCGGACUGCGGAUGGCGUGUUCGUCUGGGACGCAGAGUACUGCUGCUUGGUCGAAGGUCUCGUCUCUGGAUUUUUGGACCUGCCCAACAAGACAGAGCUGCUAGAGAAUUAUUCCGCGGUCAUGAAGCUGCAGGAAUCAGCAUGCGAGGCCGAACCGCUGAAGUCUUUGACAACACAGACACCUGCAGCGGCCCUGCAGGGAGUAUUCAGUGAGGUUGACGAGAUGUUUGCCGUCGAGCACAAGAAGACCGCAGAGGCGAUGGUCGAGUUGGGCAGGGUUGCCAGUGCCACAGACCAAGCCAUGCCAGCAGAAAAGGAGUGCUCUGCUUGGCAGCUGCUUGGUGCUGGAGUGCUGGUUACCGAGUGUCCCGCCCUUUCGGGAAUGUCGCCCCACGACUACCAGCUGCUCGCUGGGAAAUGGCCAUCGCGCUGCUGGUGGCAUGUCCUGGUCUCCGCGCCCAGCCCAACGCAAGGGCCCCGGAGGGCCCCGGAGGGCCCCGGCCCGGCUGAGGAGUACACGUACAACUCCGUCAUCAGUGCCUGUGAGCGAAGCGGACAGUGGGUGGCAGCCUUGGCUAUCUUCGAUGCCAUGCCAGCAGCAAUUCCAAGGAACGUUGUGACAUUUGGAGCUGUCAUCAGCGCCUGCGAGAAAGCCGCCAGAUGGAUCGAGGCCCUGGCCCUCUAUGACUUGAUGGAAAGCCAGGGUGUGGCCCGGAACGCCAUCAUCUUCUGCGCUGCCAUCACCGCUUGCGGCCAGGGUGAGCAGUGGCAGCCUGUCCUGUCUCUCCUGCAACAGAUGACGGCAGAAAGCUUGGAGAGGUCCACCAUCGCUUGCAAUUCGGCGAUCAGUGCCUGCGAAAAGGCAAAGCAAUGGCAGUGUGCCCUGGAUUUGCUCUGGCAGAUGCCCGAAGGAGGCAACGUGUGGGACGAGAUAGCUUUCAGUGCAGCAACAAGUGCUUGCGGAAAGGCCGGACGAUGGUCUGAGGCGCUGGCGCUGCUCGGGGCCAUGGUGGAGGUGCGCAUCCCCACAUCCCUUGAAGCACUCAGCGCCGCCGUCACCGUCUGCGAGGACAUGAGCGAAUGGCAGCAGGCACUGCAGCUUUUUGCCUCAAAAAGUGAAGAUGUGGUGGCUGACGAGAUAUUGCUCAAUGCCGUCAUAGCUGCUCUUGCAGAGGGUGGCAAGUGGCAAAUGGCGCUGGGUGUCCUCCUUGACUUUGAUCAGCGCAGAUUGCAAAAAAGCGAAGUCACGUACACCGCCGCAAUCUGCUCCUGCGGACCAGAGAAGUGGCCGAGGGCUUUGGGCCUUUUUGCGGAGGAGAUUGAGAACGGGCUGCUAAGUGCUUCUUGCCCCAAUGGGUUGCAAGCAGGCACUGUCCUUUCCAUGGUGCACAAGGCCGAGGGACGAAGCAAGGCCGCAUCUUUCGCGGAGCAACUGCGGCUGAUCUGGCACAGCCACGUCCAGCCUCCGCAACCGCAGCAAGUGUCUUCGCUUCGUUUUGAUAUACUGGCUCGUGGAUGUGGCGUGCUUGUGGUGGAGAAGCCCAAUGGGCUUGAGACGGCGGAUGUGCUGGACAGCCUUCGCACAGACCUGGGCAUUCCAAUGUCCUCCGUCUCCCGCCUGGACCAGCCGACCUCUGGCAUUCUUCCGAUUGCUUUGGGCGACGAGACCGCUCCAGCCACGCAGUGGCUAAGAGCACAGUGGGCAGGGCGACUCGUCGCCAAAUCCUACGUUUGCUUGUGCGCGGGUCCAGCCAUGGAGCAUGGCUUCUCUGCAGAGCUGGCGCUCUCUCUCAGACAAAAGCCGGGAGAAGCGCGAUCACAAGAAGUCUGCUGUGGUGGUGGGCGCCCGGCCAGGACCAUCUACACUGUUCUGGCAAGCUACAGCGAUCCAGAUAACCGCUCGGAUUCGAGCGGCAAGGCAACCUCGCUGAACCUGCUCAAGGUGCGAAUAUUGACUGGCCGAAAGCAUCAAAUCCGCGUGCACUUGGCCAGCAUCGGACAGCCGCUCGUGGGAGACAAGCUCUACCGUCCAGGCUGCGAGGAGGACUGGUGCUCUCGCAUGUUCCUGCACUGCCGACGACUGGAUUUCCUCGACCUCGAAGGAAGACGGAUCCUGGUGAAGUCCCGGCUGCCCGCCGAGCUGGCGGUCGCAACGUAUGACCAGUUUAAGACCAUCUACAGCGGCUUCGGAAUUAAGGGAAACUCCAAUGUGGUCGCUUCCUCCUUCACAGCUGGACUGGUCUACUCCGUCAUUACCAUGCCGUUUGAGUCCGCGAAGAAUCGCAUGGCUUCGCAAAAGCCGGACCCAGAGACGGGUAAGCUUCCGUACCGUGGCACAAUGCAGACCAUUCAGGCAGUCGCAGGCAAGGAGGGCGCGGCAGCUCUUUACAAUGGCUUCAUGCCAUACUGUCUGCGGUGUGGAGGGCACACUGUGCUAAUGUUCUUUGCUGUGGAGGAGCUGCAAAAGUGGUACCGAAAGGUCGCAUAA